CAGCAAUUGUGGGGUUUGGAGUUUGAGUUGCCUUCUCAAAGUUCUACAAAAAAAGAUACAGAAGGGCAGAGGGCGUUCAAAGAGUAGAACAGACAGACUGAGACAGUAGGGGAAGUCAUGGGUGGCCUGAAAUAUCUAUGUUAUGUUCUCUUGGGUCCCAUGAUCUUCUUUACCUUUUGUCUGCAUGCAACUAUGGCUGGAAAGGUUCUUGUCUUCCCCGUAGAUGGCAGCCACUGGAUCAACAUGCAUGUCAUGAUCGAGGGGCUCCAUGCCAGAGGUCAUGAGGUCACUGUGGUGCGGACCUCCACCAGCUGGUAUAUUAAAGAGUCAUCACCACACUAUAAAUCCAUCACUGUGACUCUUCCUGAGGCUGUCUUCAUUGAGGAUCCAGACUUUUUUGUGUCUUUCCUAAGUAAAAUGCUGGAGAUAAACCGGCAAGGAGGGUCUCCUCUAGCAUUCAUGAAGUUCCUCUGGGAGAUGUUUACCACGUUAGCAAAAAUCCACCAGCAGGCAAGUCAGCUGGUGGUGGAGAUGUUUGAAAACAAAGCGCUUAUGGAAGAGCUCCGAGCCACACACUAUGAUGUUGCUCUGAUUGACCCUGGUAUUCCUGCAGGGGUUCUUGUGGCUCACAAACUAGAAUUACCAAUUGUGUUCAACGUACGAUGGAUAACUAGUGGGGAGGGGCACUUUGUUGUUGCUCCUUCACCUGUUUCAUAUGUUCCUACGUCAGGCUGUGCUGUCUCAAACCAGAUGACAUUUGGUGAAAGGGUCAAAAAUGCCCUCCGCUAUAUUAUCAAUGUGUGCUCUGACCACUUCAUCGUAACUCCACCCUACAAUGCGCUGAUGGCGCGGUACUUUGGGCCUGAUGCCAAUUUCUACCACCUCCUUCAGGGCGUUGACCUCUGGCUGAUGAGGGUAGAUUUCGUUUUUGAGUUCCCUCGCCCGACCAUGCCCAACAUCAUCUACAUUGGUGGGUUUCAGUGCAAACCUGCAAAGCCAAUACCAGCAGAGUUGCAGGAGUUUGUGGAUGGGUCAGGAGAGCAUGGACUCAUUGUUAUGUCAUUAGGCACACUGGUGAAAGGUCUUCCCAUUGACAUUACGUCUGAGAUCGCUGCUGCUUUUGCUCAACUGCCUCAGAGGGUAAUCUGGAGGCAUCUGGGGGAGCAACCCAGUAACCUGGGCAACAACACCCUGCUUGUUAAAUGGCUGCCACAGAAUGACUUGCUUGGUCACCCCAAAACUCGGCUGUUUGUCACCCAUGGUGGGACUAAUGGUGUCUAUGAGUCCAUCUAUCAUGGUGUUCCAGUAGUGGGUGUUCCAUUAUUGUUUGACCAAUUUGAGAACAUGUUACGUCUUAAGGUGCGAGGGGCAGCUAAAAUUGUUGAUGUUGCUACACUGGACAGCCAGGUGUUUCUCACAGCAAUACAAGAAGUCUUACAUCAGCCUUCAUACAGAGACAACAUGCAACGGCUGUCUAGAUUGCACAAAGAUAGGCCUAUGCAUCCUUUGGAAAGUGCCCUCUACUGGAUAGAGUUUGUAAUGCGGCAUAAAGGAGCUGCACACUUACGCACCGAGUCCUAUAAAAUGCCUUGGUACUCGUACCACUCCCUAGAUGUGGUGGGGCUUCUACUGGCUGUGUUGUUGACAUUAGUGGGUGUUGUAGUAUUAAUUGUUCGUUUCUUGUCUCUCCGAUUAUGCAGAAGACAGAAACCUAAACUAGAAUGAUGAGAGUCUGUGGCAGAACAAAGGUUACAUAAAUAAAAUUGAUUUGUCAGUGGGUCAAAAUUACUUUGAGUCAGGACCAAUACAGAAAGUGCUAAAGGACUAUAACAGGUCAACGAAUGUAUAUUUGUCAUAUGGGCAAAUCAUGUCACAGAAUUGAAAUAUUGGAUUAAAUAAUAAUAAUGAAUGUUAAUGAAUUAUGCCAGAACUUAAUUUCGUUAAUGUUUUGCACUAAUAAGUUAAUUUUGCAUGUCAUAUUGAUGUUUAUAAAUGGUCUUAUUUACUCAGCAAUGUUAAGAGCCCCUAAUGGAGAGUUUUCAGCCCUGUGAGAGAGCUACAAGUCAUGUCAAUGUUAUUGUUGAUUAUUAUUCUGUUACUGCAACUAAAGGGUGAGUCAAAAGUCACAGGACACCGUUUUAUUUUAUUUUAUUUUUUAUGCUGUCACAAGCCUCCAAGAUGCGGUGCUGAAGGUGAUGUUUGUCGCAGAUUUUCUCAGCAACAAUUUGUUUGAGAUGACCCCAGAGAUAAAAGUCGAUAAUAAAAUAUUUAAUUAAAUUAAACGGUGUCCUGUGACUUUUGACUCGCCCUGUAUAUUGUCAAAAUUGUACUAUGGUCUUAAGAACUUGCAUAGCAAUUUCUUGAUUUUAGAAAAAUGUAGUUUGUUGUUCUCUGGGAGUUUCUUUGCUUGUUACCUUCAGUUUCUAUCAAGUUUUUCAUGGCACAAACAUGAACAAGGACAGAGUAACUAAGCGUUUAAUGAUCUAUUAUCAAGUAUGUCUGUUCAGGACAGGGUGUGCUACUUGUAGCUUAUCUUUUGAGAAUGUCUAGGAGUUGAACAAGCACAGAGAAACUAUAGUUAUAUGAACAUAUGGGUGCUGUGUCAAAAUCACUCAGUUAUUAAAUGUAGAAAAAAAUAUUUACAUUUAAACAUAUGCACAUACUGUUGGCUGGUCUGUGCAUUGUGGCACUGUAGUGUUCUUGCCCUGGGGAAGCUGCUAUGUCUUCCCUCCUAAAUACACAGUUGUAAUAAGCAUUGGAAUUUCAGUCGGUGUUUUACAGACAAUGCGAUUAGAUCUUUUUGUUAAAGAGAGUGGUUUUCCCUGUAAACAGAUGCCAUGGUGAUCUCAUUCAUGUUUCAACCUUUUCUCCUUUAUAAGUUUUCUCCUUUAUAACAUAGGGCUGGGGUGCUCAAUUCUGGUCUUGAAGAUCUAACACUGGAGAGUUUAGAUCCAACACCUUUGGCUCUAAUGUUCUGACAUCCCUGACCUGGAUCAGGUGUGUUAGAUCAAGGUUGAAGAUAAACUUCAGGACCAGGAUUGGGCACCGCAGAUGACUUAGGUGCAGCAUGCCAAACAUAUGCUCUUAUUUGUCCAGUAAGAGUUUGGUGAAAAGGCCUGGCACAGAGAAGGAGAAAGCAUCCUCCUCAAGGAGAUCUAAGAGGGGACUCCAGGGAGAAAUAGAGACUCAGUAUCUUCCUGUACUAAACAGCACGUCAGAUUAGUGUGGCAGAAAACCACGGACAGAUCAUUGUCUUGUGAAGCAUUGGGCACAGGACUAUAUGGAGCCACUCACACUCCAGAAACUACACAUAAUAAAUAAAUACUGAUAAAAAUGACCUGAAAAGUGAAAUUAAACAAAAUUUUGUGUUUGUGGUGUUUUAGUGUAAUAAUGGACACACACCUUUUUUUAUAUGAAAAUUAAUAAAUUUAGCUUCAUUAAUGUACAAUAUCCUGUUGUGUCAUUGAUGCUGUUUCUACUGCUUAUUUUCUAUUUUCCAUACUUUAUAUGUCUUUGCUUAUUGUUUCAUUUCUGUAACUUCCUUGACCAUUAUGCAGUUCUGGCAUUGUGGCAAAUAAAAUAUGAAUAAAAGAUCCUUAACACAACUUAGAAAAUCAAUAGAAUUCAGAAAAAUCAGUUGAAUAAAAAAGAUCUUUUCAGUUUAGAAUUUAAAGGGG